AUGAGCCUCAAGCAAUUGGAAACUGAUCUCCAGUUUUGGAAAGUCAACGUGCAACGCUUCGAUAUUCCAACCGACUGUCUCCUAGGAGUAGUUGCUGCUGGAAACGCCCUCCAUGAGGUGACAUCUGACGCCAAGGUGUUAUUUGACAACCUAAAGGUGAGCGAAGAAUCUUAAAUUCCGGACCUUCGUCCUCUCGCCCGGGUAGCCAGGGUUCCUGCGUCCAAGGCGACGACUUACCACUGGAAGGAGGCCAACGUGGCCAAUCUGCACACC